AUGGCCAUGAUCGGAAUAAUAAUAAUGGGAGCAACAACGGACGCCAAUCUACCUACAUAUGCACACACACACACACAGUUCUCUCCUAUUCUUCAUCAUCUCAUAGGUUUUGGAAUAAUGUUAGCUAUAGGCAUCCUCGUCGUCGAGCAUGAAAACCUGAACGCGAAUAAACAUGAAACUAUAGAGUUCGCCUUUUUUCUUCGUUUAAGUAUUUUUAUGUCGAACGCAAACAAUCCAAUCGAUGUUAAUCUGUCGGACGAUCUGCUCGCUAGCUCAUUACCAGCUCGGUCAGGCCUUUAUCGUUCUCUGUCAGCUAAGCGUUCUCGAGAUCCUUCACAUCGCAAAAGUGUUUCAUUCAACGACGUCCCCACAGUGCAUGAAGUACCUCUUUACGAUUCCGUACGCAGUUCUAAUUAUGAACCUUAUCGAUCAUGGAUUUAUGCAGAACCGGCACCACCAAUAUCGAUUAAUUCACCAUUUUCUUCGUCACCGCUUCAAAUAACCAGUGCUACGAAUCACAAAUCGAAUACUACAUUGACUCGUUCAAAUAGUACUCUCUAUUCUUCGACAAGUCGACUGGCAGAUUGGUCUAUGCGAACUAAAACAUUGAAAAUUACUGAAGAUUCACUUGAUCAAAAUUCGUCGUGCAAUCCACCGUUAAUUGUUGUUCACACACCAGAAGAACGAUCGCGUAUGACUACUAAUACGGAAUUCAAUCCGCUAUUAACACCUGAAACUGUUGAAGAACGAAAACGUUCAUAUCGCCCAGCCACUCCGCACCAUCCUCAUCAAUCAGAACAUGGUCGCAGUCUUCCAUUCACUUAUGUACCCAUGUCUGAAUCUAGUAUUACAUACACAUCGUUAUUAUCAUCAGCAGCAAAUUUCUCUUCUAAUGAGCAAAUACCGACUGGAAACACACGUUCCGGACGUGUGCGAUCAGCGACGCUACCUUUCACUACGAGCCAGCAUUCCACACGUCAUAAUGAAAAUAGCGUAACCGUAGCAACGCGUCCGACAACUUCCUCUUCGCGAACUGUUUUGAAACCAGCAACAAUUGCUUUUCAAUGCGCACAGCCAAGUAUUAAUCACUCUAUAACAAAGCCACCUACUGUUCCAGUUCGCUCAACGUCUUCUGCUGCUCAUGCACGAUUGUUCUACUCGUUAAACCGACCGUUAUCUUCCGCGUAUCGUUAUAAUUUCGCUCAGCCUGCACCAGAUUCGCUAAGCAAGUCUUCUCCUACUAACUCACUUGCACGGUCACGAUCAGCUAAUCUUAUAAGUACAAGGCGUCAUGCAAAUUCGCCAGUCUCUAGCCUUGAUAGGCAGUCAGAAGGAACUAAUAACUAUCCAUCAAGCAAACGUACUCCUAAUAUAAGACACACUUAUGGUUCCGAUUACACUCAUCGCCUUCUGUUGCCAACGGAUAUUAAUUGA